CCCGGAAGUGCAAGACAGGCCCGCCUCAAAGAUGGCGACGCCCAGCGCACGGGGUCGAGGUCCGUCUCUGGUCUGACUUGGGUGGUAGCCUUGACGAGGUCCGCGGUACCAUGGACCGGCCGGGAUUCAUGGCCUCGCUGGUGGCUGGUGGGGUAGCAGGUGUUUCUGUUGACUUGAUAUUAUUUCCUCUGGAUACCAUUAAAACCAGGCUGCAGAGUCCUCAAGGAUUUAACAGGGCUGGUGGUUUUCAUGGAAUAUAUGCUGGUGUUCCUUCUGCUGCUGUUGGAUCCUUCCCUAAUGCUGCUGCAUUUUUUAUCACCUAUGAAUAUGUGAAGUGGCUUUUGCAUACUGAUUCAUCUUCAUAUUUGACACCUAUGAAACAUAUGUUGGCUGCCUCUGCUGGAGAAGUGGUUGCCUGCCUGAUUCGAGUUCCAUCUGAAGUGGUUAAACAGAGGGCACAGGUAUCUGCUUCUACAAGAACAUUCCAGAUUUUCUCUAACAUCUUAUAUGAAGAGGGUAUCCAAGGGUUGUAUCGAGGCUAUAAAAGCACAGUUUUAAGAGAGAUUCCUUUUUCUUUGGUCCAGUUUCCUUUAUGGGAGUCCUUAAAAGCCCUCUGGUCCUGGAGGCAGGAUCAUGUGGUGGAUUCUUGGCAGUCAGCAGUCUGUGGAGCUUUUGCAGGUGGAUUUGCCGCUGCAGUCACCACACCUCUAGAUGUGGCAAAGACAAGAAUUAUGCUGGCAAAGGCUGGCUCCAGCACUGCUAGUGGGAACGUGCUCUCUGCCCUGCACGGGGUCUGGCGCUCACAGGGGCUGGCAGGAUUAUUUGCAGGUGUCUUCCCUCGAAUGGCAGCCAUCAGUCUGGGAGGUUUCAUCUUUCUGGGGGCUUAUGACCAGACGCACAGCUUGCUGUCGGAAGUUGGCAGGAAGAGUCCUUGAAGCAGAGACAGCCUCACGUCCUCUUCUGUCAAGAGAGGGGCCUGCAGUGUAAACCCUCCUUCCGCUGAGCAGCUGUCUGAGCUACAGGCCCCACUGCCAACGAACAGUUCUGUCAAGAUGCUGGCAUCGAGAUUGUGCCAUCCGUGGUAUAGUCUGGCUAGUAUAAAGUCAGCGGCCUCUGUGCCAGAAGGAGAAGAAAAUGUGGUCCCUGGCGGUACUGUGAACAGUUUCCUCAGAACCUCUUAAUAAAUAAGUUUGGUAAUGCUAAG